CUGAAACAAACAAGACCUUAAUAACGUUCAUGAACUGCACACUGUACACUAGUGUCUACCUGGCUUGUAUUUAUAAGCUGAUACGUAAUGCUAUCUGGUAUUGGUGCUCACUGAUCAGAUAUGGAGGAGUUCGACGGCGCCAUAGCUCGCCGGCGAGCCAUGGCGCGCCGCGGCAGCGGCGGCGGCAACGGUGACGGCGACGGCAUCACGGUGCACGUGGAGCAGAUGGCGCGCGGGCUGAUGCAGAGGCAGGAGGCGGCGGCGUCGGACGAGCAGCACCGGAUCAUGGCGAGCAGCCACCGGGUGUCCCGCGUCCCGGCGCACCUCCGCGACGCCAACGCCGACGCCUACACGCCGCGGUUCGUCGCCGUCGGCCCGCUCCACCGCGGCGACGCGCGGCGGCUCGGCGCCGGCGAGCGCCUCAAGAUGGCGUACCUCCACAGCCUCAUCUCCCGCGGCCACUCCGACCAGGCGCGGCAGCUCGCCGUCAUCGAGGAGUACAUCCGCGCCGUCGCGGCGAGGGAGAGGGAGGCGCGCGCGUUCUACAGCGAGGACGUCGACAUGUACGCCGAGGAGUUCAUCAUGAUGCUGGUGCUCGACGGCUGCUUCAUCAUCGAGCACCUCGUCAACGUCGCCAUCGGGAGGGAUGAGCCGUCGCUGCACGCCACGCCGUUCGCCCCCGUGCAGCUCUCCGUCGACCUCAUCCUCGCCGAGAACCAGAUCCCGUUCUUCGUCCUCGUCGACCUGGUCAGGAUCACCGACCUGCCGGAGUUCGCGAGCACCGGCCACCCGCCGCCGGUGCUGAUCGUGAAGCUGGUUCUCUACUACCUCGCCGGCGAGAAGGGCCGCGACAUGGUGGGCGACGCGCUGCCGCCCGCGGAGGGCGUGUCCCACAUCCUCCACCUGCUCCACGCGAUGAUCGUCGCGGCGCGGACCAAGUGGGAGCCGCCGCCGCGCAUCCAGGACGGCGCGGUGCUCGGGACGGCGCAGGACGGAGCGCGGCUGCUGCGGCGGCUCCCGCUGCUGCUGCUGGUGCCGCUGCUGUACCCCAUCCUGCCGGAGGAGAGCAAGUGGCGGGCGAGCUACGGGCGGGAGGACGUGCCGUCGGCGAGCGACCUGAAGCGGAUGUGGGUGCGGUUCAAGAAGCCGCGCGGCGGCGGCGCGGCGGCGGUGACAGGCAUCGCGUCGGUGAUGGGGCCGGUGCCGCUGGCGGUGAAGCUGGCGCACGAGGACAAGCUGCGGCUGCCGCAGCUGCGGGUGGAGCUCCGGACGGCGCCGCUGCUGCUGAACCUGAUGGCGUUCGAGCAGUCGGCGGCGAAGGCGGAGGCGCGCGACGUGUCGGCGUACGUGUCGUUCAUGGCGAAGAUGGUGCAGUCGGCGGAGGACGCCGGGGCGCUGGCGGCGGCGGAGGUGGUGGCGGUGGUGCACGGGAACGGCGGCGGCGAGGGCAAGGAGGAGGUGGUGAGGCUGUUCCGGCAGGUCGGGGCGGCGAGCGGCGAGGUGGAGCUGGAGCGGAGCUACCUGGGAGGGAUGGUGGUGGAGCUCCGGGAGAGGAGCCGGCACCCGCUGUUCAUGAUGUGGGCGGACGUGAAGCGCAACUACUUCACGGUGCCAUGGGCGGUGGUCGCCGAGUUCGUCGCCUUCGUCACCUUCGUCUCCACCAUUGUCCAGAUGUACUCCUCCUUCAAGCAGAAAGGAGGAUGAUCUCGUCCAGACCGACCGCCAUGGAAUUAAUCCAUCGAUACUCCCACCGUCCCAUAAAAAACCGAAUCUAGGACCAGAUAUGAUAUAUUCUAGUACGAUAAAUCUAGAUAUAUGUAUGUACUGAUUUGUAGUACUAGGAUGUAUCACAUCUAGUUUUUUAUGGGACGGAUAGAGUACGCAGCGAGCUACUCCGAUCUUUUUAGCUUAUUUCUUUCUUGCCUUUUUUUUUCCCAAUUUAAUGACAGAAUUUGUUAUAUGUUCUUGACUUAAUAUCCCCUUGGAUUUAAUUCAUUGUUUUAUGAA